ACUAGUAGAGCCAAGCGGAGGAGGAAGAAACCUCUCAUAUCAAAACCCUAAGCAAGUCGGCGGCGGCGGCGGCGGCGGCGGCGCAAGCAUCCCCUACUCACCCCAGGCCCAGCCUCUCCCCUCCCAUCCUUCCCCAACAUGCUCCCCCAGAUGCGCCCCCUCCCUUCCAGCCCAGCCAUCCACGCCGUCCACCGGCGCACCUCCCCCGCGCCGCCCUCUAUCCGCGGACUUGGGCAGCAUGGCCGAGUGGCCCUCGUGAGGACGACGGCGCCCGUGGUAUGCCGCUCCGUCGCCAGCCCGGCAGCGAAUCAGGGGGCGCCAGCGGUGGAGAGGCCUUGGAAGCUUAGCGACGCUCGCCUCGUUCUCGAGGACGGCUCCGUGUGGAAUGCCAAAUCCUUCGGUGCUUCCGGGACUCAAGUCGGCGAGGUGGUUUUCAAUACCUCAUUGACAGGGUACCAGGAGAUUUUGACUGAUCCUAGCUAUGCUGGUCAGUUUGUUUUGAUGACCAACCCUCAUAUUGGAAACACCGGCGUUAACUCUGGUGACGAAGAAUCCAUAAAAUGCUUCCUUGGUGGCUUAAUCGUACGAAGCCUAAGUAUAUGUACUUCCAACUGGAGGUGCACAGAAACACUUGAUGAAUAUUUGAGAAAGAGGAACAUUAUGGGCAUAUAUGAUGUGGACACACGUGCAAUUACACGCAGGUUAAGAGAAGACGGCAGUCUCAUUGGUGUUCUGAGUACCGACCAGUCUCUCAAAGACAAGGAAUUGUUGGAAAUGGCCAAAAAUUGGAAAAUUGUUGGUGUUGAUUUGAUAAGUGAUGUUACAUGUGAUGCUCCAUAUGAAUGGGUAGACAAGACUGGUUCAGGAUGGGAGUUCAACGACAAUCAGUCAAGUGAAACUUUUCAUGUCGUUGUGUAUGAUUUUGGAGUCAAGCAUAACAUUUUGAGACGCCUGGCAUCAUAUGGAUGCAAAAUAACUGUUGUUCCAGCAAGCUGGCCUGCUUCAGAUGUACUUAAUUUGAAGCCUGAUGGUGUUCUUUUUAGUAAUGGCCCUGGUGACCCAGCUGCAGUUCCAUAUGCUGUGAAAACAGUACAAGAGAUAGUAGGGAAGGUUCCAGUAUUUGGUAUCUGCAUGGGCCAUCAAUUGAUUGGGCAGGCUCUUGGUGGAAAGACAUUUAAAAUGAAAUUUGGUCAUCACGGAGGAAACCAUCCAGUUCGUGACAACAGGACCGGACGUGUAGACAUCAGUGCACAGAACCAUAACUAUGCUGUGGACCCAGAAUCGCUCCCGGAAGGAGUGCAAGUUACACACAUCAACCUAAAUGACCAGAGCUGUGCUGGUCUUGUGUUCCCCAAGAUGAAGCUUAUGUCUCUCCAGUACCAUCCCGAGUCCUCUCCGGGUCCACAUGACUCAGACUUGGCGUUUGGUGAAUUUGUGGAGCUGAUGAAGAACAACAGAUUGUGAGUGGAAGAAAGGUUGGGAAGCUUGGUGAGCAUCACGAGUGGCGAAACUUGUACUCGGUUGGGUUUGUUGUUGGACCGACUCAGCGAGCUCCAAGGAGUUUGUAUUUUUUCUUGUUGAUUUCUCCUAUCAGCUGACUAAACCUAUAAAGUAACUAGUGGUAUUGUACUAUUUUGUUGGAGUUUAAAGAAUAAAAUCCUUUGAGCUGUUGUA